AUGGCGGCGCCCAGAGGCGGCUCCGGCUCGGACAGCGACAGCGGCGAGGCGGCAGCGCGAUUCCGGGAAGCCGCCUGGGACUGCGCUGCGCAGGCAGCGGCAGUGCGGACAGAGCGGCGCAGCGGUGGCCUUACAAAGGACCGGUUACAGUCUGUGCAGCCUAGCCUAAGAUGGGAUGUGAAUGGUCAUGGUGAGGAUGGAAAUGAGCUACAGACAACACCAGAGUUCAGAGCACAUGUUGCAAAGAAGCUGGGAGCAAUGCUAGACAGCUUCAUCACCGUCUUGAAGGACUCCUCAGAACCUUCCCAAACUGUGCAGCAGUCUGACUCUGCAGAUGAUGGCUUUCGCCUCUUCUCCUCUUCUGUCCCUGGAGACUGUGGAACAUCACGGCCUCGCCCCGCAGCAAGGAGACAGCCCUCCAGCUCCAGUGACACAGACAGUGACCAAGAGUGGCAAAGGUACCAGGAGGCUGCUGUAUCAGCCACAGACAUUCUGAAGCAAAGUGCUUUUCCUGCACUGUCCCAGAAUUCCAGCCAGGAUUACGGUCAGGGUAAUGUAGAGCACAGCCAGAAAAAACAGAAGAAAAAGAAGAUUAGGGGAGAAAACAAUGUUCAGGGGAAAAUAAUAGACCCAGCAGAGGGUGACCAUAUCUGCAGAGGUUUGCCACAGUUGCUGUCUGCAAGUGGACAGCCUGAGAGAGAGGAGAGCAUUCGUGCAGAGAGCUCAGCACUGGCUGGAGGUGUGAAGAAAAAGAAGAAGCAGAAGAAGAAAAGAGAAUGAAGAUUUCUCUCUGCAAA